AUACUGCCCCGUUCCAAUAAAGUUAUUCCGAGCGUGACGUCACGCAAGGUCGCUUCCACGCGUGGCCAGGCGACGUCUCGGCACAGCCCUUAGAUACUUUAACUCCAUUCUUAGUUUCGUCACCGCUGUUAACUACAUUUGUUUUUAAAGAGAGUGAGAGCCCGCAGCAGGAGAUGAACGCGCUGGCUCGCCUGGCCGCGCUGCGGAGAGCGGCGCUUCUGCCUCGGCUGGGCUGGCUCCACCCGUGUUACAAGUCUUCAUACUCUGCCUUGCCCGAUGACUACAACUGCAAGGUGGAGCUUGCCCUGACGUCCGAUGGGCGCACCAUCGUCUGCCACCACCCGGCCCUGGAGUUCCCCUACGAGCUGUCACAGCCGAUGCCCAGGCCAGACCCCACAAACAACACGGAGGAGACCUACGAGGAGAUGCUCAAGGCUCGGCUCAAAGUGAAUCCGCUGACGCAGCUCAGGAAGAAACCACACCACGCCAUCGAGGAGCUGAGCCGCUUGUUCUACACCAGCAAGCACCGCUGGUUCCCUGUCGGACAGUAUCACCUGAGGAGGAUUAAAAAAAAUCCUCCCAAAGACAGACCGGAUUCCUGAUAUUAACUUACAGCCAAGGCUUGCGUGUUGGACAACACUGCCCCUCGCCUGCAAUAUGGAGUCAUUCUAGAAUUUAAACGAAACUGGCGAGCCGUCCUUUCCGUUGUAACCCUUUCACGUGCUUUAUUUCCCAUGAUGCAACAACUCGUUUAUAAAGUUAAGUCGCAAAUACACAACGGAGAUUACUUUGUCGUCUUACAUAA